ACUUACCUGAGUCAAGGUAUCUAGGAGAAUCUCGACAAUGCUAUGGCACCGGGACGGCGACCCUUAGCACGACAUGCAAGCUUCUCUCCCCCUAUAUCUCCGAGCCUACUUCGGCAAUGUUAGCAGGUCCCGAUCUCUGGCGGUCUCGUAUAUCUACCAUGCUGCCAGGCCAUGGUCUUCAUCUACUGCUUGCAGGGCAAAGCUUCCGCGGAACUACAGGCCAGCGAGACGGAGGUUCGAUCUUCUUCGACAGCUGGACGAAAAGUCGCACGCUGAAGACUACUACAUAACAGCCAAACUUGCCAAAAGGCUGGGAGAGCUCGGGUUUCGGUCUAUUCCAAUUGUAGUGAAGCUAUUCAAUCACCAACGAGCCGAGCUGGAGCGCUCAAAGGCGGCAGCAGAUAGAGCCAUAAAGCUGUCAACAAUAAACCAAAAAUGGAUCCGUACAUACGAAGAAGCUCUCAGUUACGACGAGGUCGCAUUACUAACAGACCCAAAGAUACUGCCUCGGAUCUUCGAAGUGUUUGGUGAAGCAGAUUUCCAUAGACAAAACCGGCAGAGGUGGCAACGAUUGGGGUAUUAUACACUUUGCGCAGCUUUCGAGGCAGGCGAAGUCGAGGCCGCAUUGAAGGUGGCCUUUCUCGAGUACGGGCAGCAUGGCAAGGUGCAACGCCGGACAGCUGAAUUCAUCAAACAGCAUGCGAUGAAGAUGACUGACUGGCGCACAAUGACAGUCUGGAUCUUCCUCACGACCCAGGAGUCCCAUACCAAAGAGGUCGCAAGAGACAACUAUCUAAUGGCGAAGAAGCUCGACUCUAUGCUCGAGCCCAGCAAACGAACCAUGGAAAGGACUGAGAUAUUCCAGAAUUACAGGCCACCAUGGCAGCUAGUAUUCUCAGCGGCGAAUCACUAUUUGUCGCAUUUCGACAAGCACGAUCCAGAAGGGGACCCAGUCCAAGAAGAUCUGGAAAGGGCGGUCCGUGAGGGGGUUGAGAAAUGGAAAGAUCCUGAAGCUGCUCAUGAACUACUCCUUUUACCGAACGAGGUCAAGAAGUUCUCGGACCGCUGGGUGUCUCUCAUGACGAUGUCUGCAAUGGACGGCAGUGGAGAGCAUUGUGUCAGGCUUGCACUAUAUCACCUUGCCAGGGAUGGUUGGCUCUCUCACCAUCUGGACGAGAACGACGAAUGGGUCGCUGUCGAUCGCAAAGAGAAGCCAAAGAGCUGGGUGGGGAUUGAAUGGCUGGGGCUUAGCGCCGCGUUGGAGAACGGAAAUGCUAGCAUCAAGACGAAGCGGUAUCUGAGGUUGGCACUCUUGCUGCGGGAGCAUGGCCUUGCUAAAGAAGCGCUUCUAUGGUUUUCCACUGCCAAGUCAGACCUCCAGGACCAAUGCAUAGACCCGGACGGGAAAUGGGUUGAUUACAUUGACGGAUUUGAGAAACACUGGUUCAACGACGAGUUUGUCACAAGAAGCUCCGAGGACAAUUGGUUUCUUGAACCAGAUGAGGACAAGGCCAAAAAAGCGUCAGAGCGAUCGAAGAAGAUUAAAAAUCCUGACUGAAGACGAGGCCAGCACACAUGGAGCACAGUGCUUCGACAAAAUCUGGCACUUCGAAAGAAGUUGAACCGCGAGGACUCCAAUCCUUCAAGAUAUACUGAGGAACAAUACCUCCUGCAACGUUGACGAAGUGACUGGAGUCUCUUAGGCAGCAUCAACCUCCUAGUCACGACGUAUAUAAUCGGCAAGCUGUGGCAUCAGACACUGUUUCAGCGGCGUCAGGGGAUGAUAUCCUUCACGCGUCUAUCCUGGUCCAGUGCCCAGCGCUGCACUACCACCGGACUAAUGAGUUGCAAGGUUCGGACCUGUUUCUGAACGCUUAUGCGAGUUCGAGAACUGCUAGAAUGCGACAGCCACUCUGUCCGAAAAAUCUCUUCUACUUACAAAAUGGUCCCGUCCGUGCACCACUUGAUCGCUCACCGAGACACGUCUAGGAUCAGCCGGCAUUGGGGCAUAGCACUGCUCUCCAGAUACAAGUCAAGAAGGAUCUCACUCCCAGACACUUCGAGACAGGAGAUAGUCAUGGAACCUUGACGGUCACUUGUAUAGUACUUCUGAAUAUGUAUACAACGCAGCGAAAUAUUGCUGUCGGAAUAAGAAGGGAGAAGCAUUUCACCGCUCAACAUUGG